AUGGCUCUCCUUCCGCUCGUUACACUUGGCAUCGGCCUCUCUUCUUUAUGGUUUUUCGUUCAGUCGAAAAAGUCGAAACGCGGGAACCUCCCACCGGGCCCGAAGGGCCUCCCUCUUGUCGGGAAUGUCGCGGACAUGCCCAAGGAGAAGGAAUGGGUCACGUACGCUGAAUGGGGGCGUAAAUGGGGCGGUAUACUCUCAGUCAACCUGCUCGGACAGGUUAUGGUCAUAGUCAACUCAGCCGACAUUAUGGACGAGUUCGACAAGAGAGGCGCCAUAUACUCUAAUCGACCAACGCUUGAAAUGGGCGGUGGCCUCGUCGGGUACGAUGAGACGCUCGUCCUCAUACCCUACGGUUCUCGUUUUCGCACCUAUCGCAAGCACUUUUCUCGGUACAUUGGCAACCACGGCAGCCCGAAACCUAUUCAAAACAUCUAUCCUCUCAUCGAACACGAGACUCGCCGUUUCUUGAAGCGUACUUUGGGCAAACAUGAAGACUUGAUGGCUCAUCUUCGCAAGCUUGCUGGUGGCAUUAUCCUCGGACUGACCUAUGGGUACGAAGUUCAAGACGGCGAGGACCCCUACGUCAAUCUCAUCGAGGGCGCCAACGACAACUUCAACGCCUCUACCGUUCCCGGCGCCUUCCCCGUCGACUUCUUCCCCAUCCUCAAGUCCCUCCCCGAAUGGCUUCCCGGCAUGGGCUUCAUGCAGCAGGCGCGGAGCUGGAAAAAGGACACCCUUGCGAUGAUCGAAGUACCGUAUGAAUACACCAAGAAGCAGAUCGCUGCCGGCACCGCCGUUCCCUCAUUCCUUUCCACGAGUCUGGAAGACGAGAAGUCGCUCUCCGCUGAUGAUAUCAGGGAUCUGAAAUGCACGGCUGCGUCUAUGUAUGGAGGCGGCGCGGAUACCACUGUGUCUGCGGAGUAUGCUUUCUUCCUCGCCAUGGUUCUCCACCCUGAGGUGCAGAAGAAGGCUCAGGCUGAACUCGAUUCCGUCAUUGGAAGCGGCAGGCUCCCGACGUUCGCUGACCAGCCCCACCUCCCGUACAUCAAUGCCGUUGUCCUAGAGGCUCUGCGAUGGAACAGCGUCGCUCCUACUGGCGUUCCGCACACUGCGAUUGAGGACGGCGAAAUCGCAGGUUACUUUAUCCCGAAAGGUGCUAUGAUCCUUGCCAACCUCUGGGGCAUGCUGCACGACUCCGAAGUCUACCCGGACCCUUUCAAGUUCGACCCGGAGCGACACAUCGAGACGACAGGCAAGCCCGCACAGCGCGACCCGCGCAAGGUGUGUUUCGGAUUCGGAAGACGCAUAUGCCCUGGCAUGUACCUCGCAGAGGCGUCGCUGUUCUCGACGGUAGCGACCGCGCUCGCCGUGUUCGACAUUGAGUCUGCAGUGGAGAACGGGGUGCCAAUCGUCCCUGUGCACGAGAACAUGUCUGGGAUCAUCAGUUAUCCCAAGCCUUUCAAGUGUGUGAUCAAGCCGCGCUCGCAGCGCGCGGUCUCCCUCAUCCUUGACGAGCAAUAG